AUGUCCGCGGCGAUCAUCGGCGUCGACGCGGGGGUCACAGCCCCGGCGCUCGUCACCAACACAAACACGUUCGAUUUUACCAUCACGCCCGACUGGACAGACGGGAACGUCGUGACCGCCAUGCGGUGGGGGCUCGGCACCAGCGCGGGCGCGGUGGACGCGCAGGGCUUACGCGAGAUCGCCGACCUCGACGCGGCGAAGACGGGACGGACCGUGAACGGCACCGUCGAGUACAAGGCCACGUUCAACUCGUCGGUCACGAGGCUGGCGCUCGUCCCGGGGACGGGGUACUACGUGGUGGUGGAGGCGGACUACACCCCCGCGGGCGGAGCCGCGACGAGAAAGAACGCCUCCUCCGUCAAGAUCAUCGCGGACGAUACCCCGCCCGCGCUCGUGACCCUCAUCCCGAACUUUGCGUGCGACGUGAACGGGGUCAUGACUGUCGAUGAGGCAACCCCAAAGCCCGAACAAGUCAGCCUACUCCACGCGCGACUCCCCAACUCGCAGGCGUCGCGCACGAACAACGCGGAAGCCGCGGCGCUCAUCAACAACGCGAUAGCCAACGGGGAGGACCUCAGCGCGAAGUGGGGGCUGGAGCUGUGCUGGAAGUUCGACGAGGGCGAGUCGUGGGUCACCGACUACUCCUUCGCCAUCUUCACGUCCCCGCUGUCGUAUUACGACCCGUCCGUCGCCGUCAGUAACGCCACCGGCGGCGUCUCCAGGGGGCGUCGGCUGCUCGCGGCGACGACGGCGAACGUGUACAGGACGUUCGGACAGACGGCGUCGACGCAGGCGAGCGUUCGGACCACCUCGCAGCUCUCGCCGUGGAAAUCGCUGGGGAGUAACGCGACCAGGCUCAAGACGUCGCAGAGGGACAUGAUCGACGCGAUGAGAACCAACCCGGUGGACGCGGACGCGGGGGUGGAGAUCAACGGGUACGUCGCGUUGCACAUCCGCGCGACGAACGCCGCGGGGCUCAUCACCGAGGUGUCGGGGCCCGAGAUUCUCGUCCCGCCCGAGCCCCCUUCCGGCACCGCGGAGGGCGACUCGCUCAUCUACGGGAUCAUCGCCGGCGUCGUCGUCGUCUUCGCCGGCGUCCUCUUCGCCUUUUACCGCGAGAUGAGAAGGCAGGACAAGACGGCGAAGGAGAAGGAGCGCCAGCAGCUCCUCGAGGACGGGUCCAGGCAGAUGAACCUGGUGCUGAGGGCCCUGGCGAGUGACCGGGACGACGACUCGCUCCUCAAGAGAUUGGAUUCGUCCUCCGGCGGGGACUCCGGAGUCGCUUCCGGGCGUCGAAGCAGGCGCGGGUCCGUGGGGAGCGAGGACCUUGACCUCGGGUCCGUCGAGGAGCACCGAUCGGGCGCGGAGGACUGGCGCGGGCGCGACGGCGGCGGCAUCCACCGCAGGCGAAACGUAGUCUUCGUGUGCACGGACAUGGAGGGGUCCACCGCGAUGGCUGCCGAAAACGCGGAGCUGUACCAGGAGGUUCAGGACAAGCACGACGAGGUGCUGUCAUCCGCGGCGCUGGCGCACAACGGGUACAUAUUCGCCACGCAAGGAGACGCGUUCGAGCUCGUGUUUCCCACCAUCGGCGACGCCGUCAGGUUCUGCCUCGAGGGCCAGGAGGCGCUGCUGCGAACGCAGUGGAGUUCCGUGGCGCUGGACCUGCCCAAGUGCGGAGCGCACGAGAGCAAGCCCGGCGAGCGAGCGCCGUUCGAGUUCGCGGGGCCGAGGGUGCGCAUGGGCAUCCACGCGGCGUCGCUCGCGUCGCGGGGCGAUGGGGUCGAUGAGGAGGACCCGCACGACCUCGGGGCGUGGGAUCUUCAGGAGUUCACCAGGACGUUCGACAAGGACCACGGGCGGGUGAAAUACGACGGUCCGGCGGUGGUGAUGACCCGCGUCAUCGGCGACAGCGCCGCGGGCGGGCAGAUCGUCCUCUCGGAGACGGCGGUGGCGGAGUUUGAGCGGCAGCGCGCGAGCUGCGACUUUGCCGUGCUCUCCGACCUCGGCAAGUUUCAGUUCACGGAGCUCACCGCCGGGACGCUGGGUUCGAGGACCGGCGCGGCGGGCAAGGGCAGGAAACAGCAACCGCUCGACGACGACGACGGCACGGCCGGCGACGCACGGUCGAGGCAUCGCGGGCGGGGUAAGGACAAGCACGUGGUGAGCCGGCUGCACGAGCUGCAGCCGCCGACUUUUUCGUACAUGCCGCUCAGGGAGUUCCCGCCGAUGUUACGCGGCACGGUGAAGCUGGACGUCGGGCACGGGCUCGACUUUCCCAAGAAGCCAUCCAUCCGCGCCGCGUCGAGACGGGGCGAUACGGUGGUCAUGGCGAGGGUGCACGGCAUACGACCGAGCAAGUGGGCCGAGAUUUGGCUCACCAGCAACUUUCAGCAGGUGAUGGAUCGGCACGUGUGCGCGCUGCUGCAGCUGUUUGGCGGCGUGCCCCUGAGGGAGGACGCGGACAUCCCUAGCCACACGUACGCCCUGUGCUUCCCCGCGGCGUCCGCGGCGGUUCGGUUCUCCAUGGCGCUUCAGGUUUCGCUCCUCUACGGCACGUGGGACAACGACGUCCUGGAAAACUCGGUGCGGCCCCACUACAGCCGGAGCGGUCAGCUGCUGGCGCGGGGUCCCACCGUGGCGUGCAUGGUCAUCACCCUGGACGAAAACGACGGCGACGACAUCGGCGACAUGUGCAGGCAGAUGGACUACUACGACGAGAGGGGCGUCCCCGAAAAGGGGAACCUGGGGUUGCGCAUGACGGACCCUCCAGCGCCGCCCCCCUUUGCGCCCCCCUCGGUGCCAAACGCAUUGCGGGGAUCGCUCAACGCUAAGGGCCACCACGCCGGCGACAGCGAGGCGAACCACAGCGGCAAGGGCUUCGGAACCGGCGUCGCGAAUGAAUCCUCAGCCGCCAGCGACGACAGCUCGACGAUCGGCGGUGGGAACAUCGACUCGAGCGCCGGCGGCGUCGCGAGGUCGGGUUCGUCGGUGACGGGCGGCGGGCUGGGCAACAGAUUUCUCGCCGCGCUCGGCGUGAGCUUCGGUACGCAAAAGUCGUCGUGGUCGUCGUCGAGCGACGAUCAGACGAAGACUCUGCGGCACGUGUUCGCCCCCGGUGAUCCGGUGCGGUACUCCAACUUCAGCGACGCCGCCAAGCUCCCGCGGUUCGAGACGCUGAUGCGAACCAUCUACCCCGGGCAGGUUUCCGUCACGGCGGAUACCUGGCUCUCCGUUCAGCACGCGCUGCCGGAGGGCGUCUCGCCCGUCGACCUCGGCGCGCACAAGCUCCGGUGCAAGACGGUGAUGGUGGAGCCGUGCAACGGCGUGAGGUUCGACUCGAACAACGGGGGCGGCAUCAUGGAUUCGCUCGGUGGCGGUUCGGACGACGAGGGAGGAACCGGAGCGGCGCGGCGCACGGCUUCGAUGAGUCUCGCGUCGUCGCACGAGAUUCGCGUCGACUUCGCCGACGACCUCUCCGACGGCGCCGGGGACUCGAUCAGAAACGCCGAGUACGACGUGAGCCUGUACAACGUGUCGCACAGGAUAUUGCACGAGCGAGCGUACCCGCCGCUUCGUUCCGUUCGGUGUUCGUCUCCGGGGUACUACGACUCGCCGAGGCCCGCCGACGGCGUCGCCAUCGUCUUCUGCAAACCCCGGCUGCCGAAAAACUUAAACUCGGGAGCAGCGGAAGAGGCGAAGCAGCGGUGGGCCUCCAUCGCCAGGGCGCUGUUGCCCGUGUACUCCGGGUACGAGUGCAAGUCCCCGGAGACUGGCCAGUUCACCCUGGCGUUUUCCCGGCUGGAAAACGCGAUUGGAUUUUGCACAAACGCUCAGGCGAUGAUGUCGCAAUUCGCCGCCCGCGACGACAGCGGCGGGUGGCCCAAGGAGCUGCUCGACGCCGAGGCGAAGGAGGCUGCGGACGCCGAGGCGGCGGUCCGGAAGGAGCGCGAGGAGGCGAGAGCCCAGGGUUUGAAGAAGGUCAACUUUGUCACCGACACCGCUCAGCUCGCCGCGCACAGAGCCGGCCAGCGGGGGCUCCGCGUCGCCAUGGGCAUCGCGUACGGCGUCAACUGCUUCCGGAAACCUCUCCUGGAGACGGGACGCGCGGACUACUUCGGUCCGCUCGCCAACCUCGCCGCUCGCGUGAUGUCGUGCGCGCACGGCGGUCAGGUGCUCGUGGAGGGCGUCCCGCUGCUGUGGAAAGAUAAGGAGCGCUUCCGGGGAUCGGUGCACUGGUUUCCCAACGACCCGACCGACGCCGACUCGCUGAAGGAGCGCGAGCAGUGGUGCGAGCGGAGCAAGACCGCGGUGAACACCAUGAUGGGCACGUUCAACGUGCCGUGGUUCCUGGUGGUCAACGCGGGCAAAGCCGCGACGCAGAUGCUGCUGAAAGAGCUCGACGCGGCGAGGAGGAGUCGCGACGCCGAAGAAGAGCGCGGAGGAACGCUCGCGGGUUCACCGAAUCGCCCGUCCAUCGAAAGGUCCGCAGGGUCCGCCUCCGCCGGCGAGCCCGCGCUCCAUCUCCUCCACAACCUACGCGCCACGCUCGAGCAGAAGAGCGAGCGCGACAUCGGCGCGUGGAUUCGUCAAGGGGGCGUCGGCGGGCUGGACAUGGAGACGGGUACCAGCGAAUCGGCUCUGGCGCUGUGCGCCCGGGGUUUCUGCGAGCUCAGGGGCUUCCCGCAGAUAACCCCGCUCGUGGAGGCGAGGUCGCCGUCGCUCAAGCCCGCCAAGUUUCCCGCCAUACGGACGCAGCGCGACCCGGUUUCGUACGAGAAGCUCGCGGGUCCGAGGCCGCCGCGCGCGUGGGAAGCGACCGCAAACGCGACAUCGACGAUGGACAGAUCGUCCAAGUACUACGGCGGUGGCGCGGGGUCCAAGCUGGCGAGCAUCGUCCUCGGGAUGACGUCGAGCGGUCCCUCGCGAUCCGGACGGGGGGGCAGGAAGGGGGGCAGCAAGUGGAACGUCGUGCGCGACGCCGUGGAGGGAUCGGACAAGUCGGGGCGGGGGGGCUCGAAAUUUACUCGGAGACUGCUGGCCGGCGACGAUAAGGGCGCCUCGGGGGACGCCUCAAUUGGCGCGCGGGAUUCGCCCAUGCACACGUCGAAAGAUUCGAACCAGUCAGACGACGACGAUGCCGACAGCCGGAACGACGGUUCCGCCACCCCGUCGGGCGCGUCGGAGGAGGGAUCGUUCCGCUCGGGGAACAGGUUCGGCCAGCGCGCGUCAUACUACGGCCGCGGCGGGGGACGGGGAGGGGCGGGCGAGUCGGGGCGACGGGACGGUAGCGGCGCCGGCGAGAGAGCCGCCGGAGCCGCCGGAGGGUCGAGGGAGCAGAAGUUACACGCGCCCACGCCGCUGUCCUCCGCCGCCGCCGCCGCGAGGGAGAUGUUCGCGGCGCAAUACGACGACGACGACGACGAUGGGGACGACGACGGGGACGGCUACGUGCGCGCGAGGUCACCGGCGAUCAGGCACGAGCCGCGGGUGGACGCCAAACCCGUCGCUUCGGCGCUGAGACGCGUGGGGAGUAAGGCGGACCUCGCGACGGGAACCAACGCGGGAGGCGGCGGGGGCGGGGGCGGGGGCGGGGAUUCCGCCUCGGAGCCGUCCACGUCUCGCGGAAACUCCGUGCGCGGCGCCACGAGCGCCGCGGACCUCGUGCAGGGCGCUCGGCAGACCUCUUUCGGCUCCCUUCCGGUGUACAAGCCCGGGGUACAGGUGGAGCGGAUGCCGCGGCUCGACCGCAUCGACUCGACGGCGUCGGCGGAGACGACGGACACGUCGCCGCGGUCAACGUCGGAGGAGGGCUCGCGGCGGGCUUCGAGGGACGGGGGCGCGGUCAGGAAAAGGGGCGGUCGCAGUCGGUCGUCGUCGUCGAGCGCGAUGCAGCACUCGGACGACGUCGUGACGGAGGACGCGUACCAGUACAAGAGCCGCAGGGGCGAGGUGUUCAAGCGGCUGCUCGACGUCAUCGGCACGGCGCAGUGCUCCCCCGCGGCGAGAUCGCGGCUGUGGGACGCCGUCAAGGUGCUGAGCCGGAUCGUCGAGGACGUCAAGACGCUGGACGCGGACGCCACCGACGACGACAUGCGGCACCACCUGGACCGGCUGCAGCGCGCCAUCAACCGCGAGUACAACAGCGGUCAGGUGCCCGUGGUCUUCUGCCUCGUGCUCAUGUGUUUCGAGCACUGCAGCGCCGCGAGGCAGGUGAAAAUGCACACGGCGCGAGCGCAGUACCUCAUGGAAUCGAUGCGUCGCAAGGGCUCCACGACGUCGCAGGGAAGCUCGCUGUCGUCCGAGUCCGGCCGUCCGCGGUCCAGCCGCCACAGCUCGGGUGCACGCUCGGGCUCGGGUCGGAGCAGCAACGCCUCGUCGGAGCGGGCAAAGUCAAAUCGCACCAAUCGGGGGCCCAACGAAAUCGCCGUGGACCGAGCGCAGCUCUCCGCGGCGGAGCUCGCCGAGGAGAUCGCGAGGGAGAGGGACGCCGCGAGGGCACCCUCCUCGGGUGCCGAGGGUGCCGUUCGGGAUCCCGACGCGGACCCGGAUUCGCUCUCCGCGCACUCCGGGUCGACGCUCUCGGAGCGGCCCCCGUCCGCCACGGGCAUCGUCGUCGACGACGAGGACGGGGGACAGCCGGGACCCUUCGAUAUUGAGGACCCUUCUUCUCCCGCCGCUGACGGCAGCGUCGUCGUCGAGGACGAGUCUGCAGACGAGUCCGGCGAGUCCCCGGACGAGGACGAGCUGGAGCGCGCGGCGAUCGUCGCCGGCGCGCCCGCGGAGUGCGACAUCACAUCCGUCGUAGCCAUCGCCGCGUCGGUGGGUCACCAACACGAGCCGCUGGACUACGGCCCGAAGGCGUCCGAGACUUUGAGGCUUCGCGCGCACACCUGGCGCGACUUCGACCUGUUCGCGUUCGCCGACGAUAUCGGCCCCGAGCGGUGCGGCGAGCGCGGCGGCGGUCCCCUCAUGGCGCUCGGGGUGGCGAUACUCGACCGGCACGGCGUGUUCGAGAGGCUCGGCGUCGAGCGAGAUUCCUGCGCGGCGUUUCUCGCGGGUUUGCACUGCCUGUACAUGCGCAGGGGCGGCAUCUACCACGGGCCCAUGCACGCCGCCGACGUCCUGCAGGCGGCCGGGGUGCUCCUCGACGAGCUCCACCCGCACUCGCUCCCCGAGGGCGCGACGCCGGAGACGCGCGAGGCGGAGCCGGGGGCGGGACCGGCGGGCGGCGACGGCGACGGAGGUACAGGUACAGGUGCAGGUACAGGUCGUCGGAGGGCGCGCCUGGACGACCUGCAGGCGUUCGCGCUCGUGAUCGGCGCCGCGAUCCACGACGUGUACCAUCCGGGCGUCACCAACGCCUUCCGCGCCGCGCAAGACGACGAUCAGGCGCGCAGGUUCGGCGGCGUGAGCGUCAACGAGAACGAGCACCUGUCCAUCGCGCUGGCGCUCCUCGCGAACCCCGCCACCGACGCCGCCGCCGGCCUCGGCGACGCGCAGCGCGCGCGGUUGACGCGCAUGCUGAGGCACGGCGUGCUUCACACGGACAUGGCGAACCACGCAGCGCUCAUGCGGGACUUUCGCGAGUGCGCCGCCGCCGCGAGGGAAGAUCCCAAUCACCCGUGGUGGUCUGACGAAGACGCCACUCGCGCGAUGGGCGCGGACGGGUACCCCCACAAAACGCAGGACUCGCUCGUGUCCGCGGUGCUGCACCUCGCGGACAUCAGCAACACCGCGAGACCCGCGCCGCUUUUCCACGCGUGGGCCAAGAUGCUCCAGCACGAGUUCCAGGCGCAGGGGAAGCGCGAGGAGCUGUUGGGGAUGCCGGUGACUCCGAUGUGCGCGUCGCCGCCGUCCAACUUGGGCGAGCGAGCGGGUCUGUUGCACGCGGCAAAGUCUUUGGCGACCGCGCAGAUCGGUUUCGUCAACAUGUUCGUGGUGCCGAUGGUGACGGAGCUCGUGGACGCGUCGGUGGCGCCGGACACCCUCCGCGAGUGGCGGUGCUCCAUCGCGAGGAACGUGGCGUGGUGGGAGAAGAGAAAGGCGAUGAAGUCGCUGCCGAAGGGCGAGGUCGGGUGA